GUGGCUAGUGAUAGAGAGAAGGCGUUAGAAGAUUGACACUGGGAAAACCGAAGAUAACUUAAUUUUCCAAAAAAAAGAAAAAUUGUACGAGAAUGUUCUAGCUUCUUUUCACCAUCUUUUGCUUCACAGUCGCUGGCUCCCCCAUUGCUCGACUCCCUCCUACACAUCAUCUCAGGUCUUCUUCUCCUCCCCCAUCUUCGUGCGUUUUAUAUGGCAUAUACUUUCUCUUCUCUCUCCACAACUAUCACAAUGGAGAAUCUUGUUGUUCAGAACUUAAAAGUUGGUCAAUUGGCUGCAUUUAGAACAUUUGAGAGAGGAUACCGUUGUGCUUGGUUCAGAUGCAAGAUCCUGGACAUAGUCUUGGAAACAGAAAUGAUUAAGCUGGAGUACUGUGAUUUUCCAGGUGAAGAGAUUAAGUGGGUGAAGAUAUACGAAAGGCAAAUAAAAAAACAGCUGAUGGUGAGGCCUCCAUAUCCUAAAAUGUAUCUCAAAAAUGAAAUGCCACCUGUCAAUUCCAUUACAAAAUAUGUGUUGUGAUUGAUGGGGAAUGGAAAGUUGGGGAUUUGGUAGAUUGGCAUAAAGAUGAUUGCUAUUGGUCUGCAAGGGUUAAGAGAGUUCUGAAUCAUGAAAAAGUUGAGAUCGAGUUGACAAUUCCUCCAGAAGGAGAAGGGGGUAUUUAUGAAGCAUUCUACGCCCAGACUUACAUUGGUCUCCAAGAGAAGGCUGGAGUGUGCCUACCAGGGAAAAUGAGACUUCAUGUGGGGCACAGCUUAUUUUUCCAUUACAUCAAGGUUGAAAAUGGAUAUUACAACGUAAUACUUUUGUUUGAUGUUGCUCUUGGUUUAGUGAAGGGUUAAUACUAAGGAUAAGGAAUGGAAGCUAAGUAUAUCAUUUUCUUAGUUUAUGUCACUAAACUUAUGAUUGUAUAUUCUAGCCUAUCAAACUAUCUAAUUUUGUCUCA